AUGGAUUUAAAUUUAUAUUACAACUUGGUCAAAUAUUUAUCGGAUUUAAUUUAUCCAGAAUCAUCCACGGAUGAAGAACAAAAGAAAAUCAGGAGUCAAGCAAAAUAUUUUAUAAUAAGAGAAGGAAUUCUGUAUAAGAAGAACAAGAAGAAUCCUCAAAGACCCCUACGGGUGGUAAAAUCAAAUGAGGUUGAAAUUAUUUUACACAACUUACAUGCCGACUCAUUGGCGGGACACUUUGGAAUUGAAGCAACCUAUCAUAGGAUUGCUGAAAGAUAUUAUUGGAAUCAAAUGUAUAGUGAUGUAAGGGAAUAUGUUCGGACUUGUGAUGCAUGUCAAC